UGCGCCAUCAGGAAGAAGAGAUGCGCAAAAGAGAGAAGGUCGAUUCUGUCACCACCGCCGUGCCGCGCUCCAUGCUGACGCUGCCACUGUUCUACCACGAGAGAAGGAUGCACGAGGGAGAAAACAGAACCGCGUUGGAGCUCAGCCAUGGAGAGAAGAGAUGCGCGUCGGAUCUGUCGCCACCGGUCUGCCCAGCCGACCCGUCGCCAAACCACGUCGCUGUCCGUGAAGCUAUCUCUGUCGCCACUGUAGGAGGUCACCAUUGGAGCCACCGCUCCACUUCUGUCAUUCUUCUUUUUACAGUGAGUUGCCCGUGCCUUGAAGCUCUUUCUGUUGUUGCUGAGCCACUGAAGCUCCUGGCUGCUGUUGGAGUUGCUGCCGGUUAAGUUUGGGGUGGCUGGCGUGUCGUUCUUUUAUUCCAGUAAGUGUCUAUAUCUCAGAAUCCUCGCCUUUGGUUUUCUGUUAUGUGUUUUGAGGUUUCCAUGAUAUUGAUGUUUUAGGAGUUAAUAACCGGGGUUGCAUGUGACUUAAAGAUGUUUAUGCUGUUGCGAAAGUGUGUGGGUAUGAUUAAAGCUGUCGUUGGUUUUGAGACAAGAUGAAAGGAAUUCGUUAACACGUUUGGGUUAUGGGUUCACUUAUCGAGGUAGGGGACUUUUCAAAGAACUUAAUUUUAUGAUUUGGAGUUGUUAUAAAUGGAUAUUAAUGUGAUAAAUGUACUUUUGGUGAUUGUA